AUGGCGCAGUCGCUUUUCGAGAAGAUCUCCUCCCUCAAGGAUUCUCAGCACGGCCCUCUGAUGUGCAUCAUAGUGCUUGCGAUCCCCUUCACCAUGAGCGAGAUGCUUGCCACCGUGUUGGGUGAUCUCGUGGUUACUUGCCAGACCGAGCUCCUGAGCUUGCUGCUCCUGGCCGCCGCCUAUUACGUCGGCUUUGCCAACGCAACUGCGCGACCACUUGGAGCACCCAGCACGAAGUUGGCUGGAGCCAAGAAGGUGCUCCCGCCCAAGGUCCCGGCCACGGCUUGCGACCCUCAAGCCAGGCAGCCGGUCCGACCCGUGGCGAGCUUGGCGUCGCAGAUCCCUCGGGGUGCCACUGGUGCCCCUCGCAUGCCCAGGGAUGCGGGGAGCCUGGCAGGAGAGAGUCACGAGGCCAUAAAGAAGCUGUCGCCCAUGACGGCGUCUGAGCAGCGGGAGGUCGAUACGCAGAUCCUCAGCCAGGCCAAGGACGAGGGUAUAGCCCCCGAUGCCUCGACGUACUCGAAGAUCAUGGAUGCGUGCAACAGGCUGAACAAUUCAGAUGUGGCCCUGGACCUGUACAAGCAGAUGCUCGAGAAGGGCGUCCCCUACGACAGCGACCACGUGCCGAUGAAUAGCCACACCGUGAGCAAGUUCUUCAGGCUCGUGGCGGAGAACCUGGACGAGAAGCGCAUGAGGGAGACCGGGCUGCAGCUCCUCCAGGUGAUUCAGGCCCAUGGUGUUGUGCCGACGAACGCGAUUCAGAAUAGCCUCAUCUGCGCAUGGAAGAGCAAGCUCCCAGACCAUGUACUGGAGGUGUUCGUGAAGCUGAGGGAGCGGGGCGUCAGUCUUAGCUCUACAGCGUACCGCUGCAUCAUGGCUGCUCACGAGCGGACCGACCCGGAGCGCACGCUGAAGCUCUACGACGAGAUGGUGGAGCGAGGGGUCAAGCUUGAUCGCGUGGCGUACAACGCAGCGUUGUGUGCUUGCUCGCAUCUCGGCAUGGUCGACCAGGCCCUGGAGCUGUUUGAGAAGAUGCCCGAGCACGGGCUGGUUCCAAACGGCAAAACCUACGGUGCUCUAAUCAAGGCCUGCACAUCAACCGGCAAGAUGAAGGAGGCCGUGGACCUCUUCGAUUCGAUGCGUGAGGCGGGCAUCGGGCCCAAUCAGUUCGCCUACCACGAUGCCAUCCAGAGCUGCGUCAGGAUGCGAAAGAUCGGGAAGGCCAUCACGCUGUACAGGGACAUGAUUCAGGCGAAUGUGUCCCCGUGCGACAAGACCUACGUGUACCUGGGGAAGGAGUGCCAGAAGCGCGGCUGGACGACUGCUGCGGACCAGAUCCUGCAGGCCGGUGCAGACAGCAAGGCCGCGCAGGCUCGCGGGGAGCAGGCGCCGGUGCCGACGCUUCCGCCAGGGCUCGAGGAGCUGCUGCGCCAGGAGAAUUCGGAUGCCUCCGCGCAGGUCGAGGGCGUCGCGGCGGACGCAGGGGCCGAGUGA